UCAGUUUUGUAAAGCGGAACAGAUCUUUUGAGGUUCGUGGGGAAGGAUAUUUUGUUCGGACUCGGUUGUUGCUGUUGCAUCUUACAGAAGAGAAACUGCUCCGCAGGUGGAGGGAUGAGUUUCUCCCCUGUAAUUGGCACGGAAGUGCCCGAAACAGCCAAUGGGGUGGUGUCACCUGUUGCAUUGGAGAAUGGCCCCCAUGUCUCUGUGAAAAAUGGAGGGAGCAGAUUGCCAGGUCCAGAGGAAGAAUCAGUGGACGGGACUGUUGAAAAUGCAGAGAACCAUAUCAAUACAGAAAGCAGAGUUUACAAUGAAAACAAUCACUUUGACAUAGAGACUAACAUCAAUGAGAGAACAUCAAGUUUAUCAUUACACAGUCCUCAGGAGGCGGAGCCCUCUGCCCCUGUUGGGACGAGCACAGCAGAUUCUGAAUCAGGAUCAACAGGCACAGACAUUCCUGAGGACCCUAAGAUUCUUGAUGCACCUGAUGUGGUUCUCAUGUGGGAUUCAGCUCAGCCUCCACAGCAUGCAGAAUCAUAUCAGCAGGGAGAUCCUUUCAAUUCAGACAGACCACAAACCAAGGCUGUUAAUGUAGGCGGAGGCCCUGGCUGCAGACAGGAAGAAGAAGAUGGAGGGAGAGAGAAACAGGAUGAGGAGGAGGAUGAAAAGAAUGAAAAUAAGUGGCGGAAACAACAUACAGGAAGGAGAACGGAGAUGGGGUCUUCCCGACACUAUUCCUCCUCAGCCCCUGGUCCUAGCACCUCCUCUUCUUCUCCUCCACCCCCUCUUCUUCCUUCAGAUGACAACCCGUGCCCGCCCCACAUUAUGGCCCAGGUCUGGGUUCGCAACGUCCGGGGGAUGCAGGACAGCAAGAGCCUGGACGAAAUCAGCCAGGCCUGUGGCGGUGGGUCAGGUGCCCGAGGAGGGAACAGAAGUGGGCAGUCCGAGGGCCGACGGGCCACAAUCUCCUCUGCACUGGAAUUAGAGGGGACCGUGAGCCAUGAAGGAGACCUCACCAACUUUAUCACCAAAAACCUUGAGCAGAAAAUCAAAAUGAGCUCCAAGCCCAGUCUGGACUGCAGUGAUUCUGACUGCUCAGGUCCCAUCUACCGAAGCCGGGGGUUGUCACGCAAACCGGCAGACAUCCCACCCAUCGAUCCCACAGUCCUCGUGGACCUUCAGAAACACACGCAGGAGGUGGCACAAAGUGUGGAGGUGAUGAUGCGGAGCCUCAAUGGAACCAUUCAGAACAUGACAGCUCUGAGUGUGGGCUACAUCCAGACCUACAGAGACUCAGUCGACAGUCUGGGAGAGUCUGUAGACAUGAGUAUCAAGGGCAUGUACACGCUGAUGGCUCGCUGUGAGGAGUUGGAUCGCUCCAUGCAGCCCAUACACACCCUGGCUGCGCAGAUUCGUGACAUCAAACGCACUCUGGAUGCUCUCGAGGCGAUCUGCAAGUAACACUGUCGGCUCGGCCCAAACAUACAUCCCAUCUGCAGAGAUUUAAAGGCACGCUGAUGUCGGAAAAGGAUCUUGGAAAGCAGCCCGAGCGUUGGCAGGUAGAACACACACACUGCAUCGAAGAGCACCUCUGGAUUCGUGGAGCCAUGGCGGCGUCAUGCUGGAUAUUUGCCACUCACACUUCUUCUGUUGACGAUUGAAGAUGAACACGUUUGUGUUCUGAGGCCCCAAAAGAAUCCGUUUGCUCAGUUCUCGGGGAUGAGCUUUUUCUCUUCCUUUUUUUUGUCCUCUAAUCAAGUCUUCAAACAACAAAAUCUGAAAAAUUAAUUGGUUUUGGAGGCGCUUGUUCCCUGAACACGCAUGUAAAAACAAACAGAAACAGAUCCUUGAAGAUGUUGGAAAGGACGUUUUCUUUUUCCGCUUCUACUCUGAGGAGUGUUUCCUUAUCAUCCGUCCAGCUUGUGUGGUUUAGAUUGCACUAACCUCUCCUCCCCAGAGGGGGGCAAUAUUUUUGUCCCUGGAGAGGCAUGAAGGAACUGCUCGUAAGCCAGAGACCUUUUGCACAGGAACCGAAAGUCUAUUUUUUAAUCUUAUGCAACAAGCAGAUUCUCGCUGCAGGCUAAAUCCGGGGUGUGGGAGUGUUUGUCUCUUUUAUGUGUUUAUUUAUUCAUUUUGCUCGGCAUGAAUGCUUGUUCAAAAACUCUCUGUGUCAUUGGGAGCUGGCUCAGACGGUAAUGGAUGCUGCAGAAUGAGCUCAGCCAGUCACUUUAUCAAAAGAAACUCCAUACCCUUAAAUCACUGCUCUCUUUCACUAAAAUGAUGCCACUUCUCCUCUGUGGUGUAAUUCAUGAUAAUGGGGAGUAACAAGCUUGAAUUGUAUGUUGGAUAGCUCAAACAAAUACUUUGAACAUUGUCAAAAUAAUAAAAAUCUUCAGACACCUGGAUUAAUCGGACUUUCAGAAGUCGUCUGGGCAGCUUGAGAUUUUUUUUCCUGAUCAGUGCUUGUAAAUUACAUAACACCAAAGUUCUGCCAGCUAAACGGAGCAAAAGUGUCUGCAUCAUAAAAUGAAUUUGGACCCCAACAUGAUUGAAAAUCUGAUUUCUCUUGGGUUGCCUUUAUAGAGAUCAGCCAGAUAUCUGACACAUAGCUGGCUCGCUACCGAUAGCUGUCCACCUGGGAUUGAGUGAGUAAAGUGGAAUCCAACCUCAGAUCAAUCAUCUUUAAUGUCUGCCUCGCUGCAAGUCUUAACACCUUGUUAAUAACCACAAGCUGAGGCCUGAGGCCUAAUGGGAGGUUUUGACUCGUGGUUCAAUUUAAUUCAGUAAAAUUUAAGUACUUGAAUUAUCAUUUGAUUAUCUUUUAAGUGACAUUUUUGCUCACAUUGUGAUAAUUACACAUUCUACCCUGAAGGAGUCAGUGACAGCGACUAACUGCCUCAUACAGACACCGAUGUAUCAUGGAGGUUGGUUUGUAGAUGCUCAGCUCUGAUUGAACCGUUUGAGAGAAUUCAUUUUUUGAAUUUCAGAGCACGGUUUCAAAUCACUUUAGAAUUUAUUACCAACUCAAAGAUUGAUAUUAUCGGCUCUUUGAAACUUAAAUUAAGCUUGACUGAUUUAAAACGAGGGGGCACGUUCAACAUCUCAAUCACUUCUGCAGUUCAGGCAUUUGUUUGAAUACACAUAGAAAUGUAAAACCAGAUCCCAGAAAGCACACUGGCUUCUGGUCUUGCACGGUAGCAGUUCAGUGUCUCCUGCCUCUGCCUCGUCUUCAGCGCGGGAAAGACAGGACCGUUUGUUUGGAAACGAGCUCGCAGCAGUUUGGACAUGGCUUAUGAACGCGAACUCCAUAUUUAACUGAUUGCAAAGUAAGUAUUUAUUUCUCUUAUGAAUCAUGAAUGAAAAUGGCUGCAGAGUCGGUUGCUCUCCCUGCCUAAAGCCACAUGCUCCCAUACAAAAUACUUGAUCUAAUGAAGAGAUAUUGGUACUUCUGUCAUUGCACUGGUCAUUUUUGUGGACCACAUAACAUGUAUAGUACAGAGAGUAGUCCAGUCAAAUUUUAAUGAUUUAUUCAAAUGUAUUACUGGAGAUGUUUUAGGGAUAUUUAAUCUAAAAAAGUUUUAAUCUGGGACAUAGCACUGAUAUCUACCUCUUUACUGUAGAGCCUGUUGAAAGUGUCAGCUUUGAAGGAGAAAGCAGAAAUUCCCACCACAAUAAGCAUUUCUGGAAAAAUAUGUGGCUUUGGCUGUUAUAAACACACUCCUUGGUUUUGUGUCACUUCAACCAUGACAGGAAAAUUAUUUUAAAAUUGGGGGCAACUUUAAAACGUUACACUUGAAAUAAGUGUUGUCACCCAUAAGCCCCUGAUGAUGAUGAUGAUGAAGAAGAAGAUGAUGAUGAUACAAUUUACUAACCAAUUCAUUGCAUGUCAAGAUGUCAAUGCUCUGGGUUCUUUUUUUAAGGUUAUGUUUGAAACUCCAGUAAAUUGUUUUUUUGGGUGAAAAAGGACCUCAGAGAAGAAAGAAAGAUGCUGUUCUCUUAUUCAUGAAAUAUAAAUGUAAUACUCGCUAAUUUCUGUUGUAACAUCAGAUGUGUCUGUGUACAUAAGAUCUCUUACUUUAAAAUGAUUUAGAUACCACCUUUGUCUCGAGUGUAUAUUUUAAUGAAAAAUAAAUAACAAAUUUACAUGAGCUGCAAAAAGAAAAAA